AUGGGUCCCGAGGUGGAAAAGGAUACACAACUGAGGAAAGCAGUAACUGAUGGUCUGUGGCGGGUACUUACCGGGGACAAGAGCGUGGGUGUCGGCGUGAAGAAAAGUAGCACCACACCUGACCUUGAAGACCCCAGAGAGGAUGUAAAUCAACUAGACGAUGAGCAAUUGCUUGACGACCAGCGGAACCGCAUUCUCGAGUCACGCUUUGAUGUUGCAGACGCAUUUAACAUGCAAGAAACCAUGGAAGAUGUGGACGAACAACAGCACAAAUCAGAACAAGUAUCCCAGCUUGCCUCGGACACAUCUUCUAAUGUAGAGUCCAUAAUGUCGAUGGCACAGACCACAGAAGGUGAACAGCUUGAGCGCGUACCUACUAUAAAGAAAGUCUUCACGAAUAAGUCCACUGGCCAAAUAGACCUCCCUCCGGAUGGGGGUUACGGUUGGAUAUGUUGCUUCUGUGUGUUCUUGGUGAUGUUCUCUACCUGGGGCUGUAACUCUGGAUUUGGUGUAUUUCUUGGUUUCUAUCUCAAUAACGAUACGUACCCACACGCAACCAAGUAUGACUACGCCUUGAUUGCCGGUUUUACUGUAGCGUUGGGGCAAGGUAUGUCUCCCUUCGUAAUGGUCAUUAUGAGGAUUAUAGGUAUGAAGCCAACAAUGCUCUUUGGAGAUGCACUGUUGCUAGCUGGGUUUAUCCUUGCAUCCUUUACCAAGAAAAUAUGGCAAUUAUACCUAACACAGGGUGUCCUCAUUGGUUUCGGAAUUUCAUUCAUAUUUGUUCCAAGCACAGUGGUGUUGCCAGGUUGGUUCUUGAAAAGAAGAGCCGUGGCUUUGGGUAUAUCCCUGCUUGGAACGGGUGCCGGCGGGGUUACUUAUGGCUUAGCAGCGAAUAAAAUGAUACAAAAUACCGGCAAUACUCGGUGGGCACUUCGUAUAUUGGGAAUUAGUUGUUCCACUACUGUUGUUGUGGCUACGAUGCUGAUUCGUGAGCGUAAGCCCAUAAAGCCUAUUGGUCUAAAGAACUUCAAGGCUAUAAGGAAAGAAUUUCAUACCAUGUUUAGUGUAAAAAUUCUAAAGAGACCCAUUGUGUUAUUGAUUGCUGUGUGGUUUGCCUUUGCACUAUUCGGCUAUAAUUUAAUGAUAUUCACACUUUCACCCUACUCAAUAGCAAAAGGACUAUCUGCACAUGAUGCAUCAACUCUUACCGCUGUAUUGAAUGGUUCCCAGGCCAUUGGUCGUCCUUUGAUGGGUCUAGCCGGUGACAGGUUUGGAAGAACGAACGUCACAAUCUCGCUAACAACUCUACUUGCCAUAUACUUGUUUGCAUUUUGGAUACCCUCGCACACUUUUGUUCAACUACUAUUUUUUUCUAUUAUGACAGGUUCCUGUGUUGGUGUCGCUAACGUUAUGAGUACUGUGUUAAUUGCUGAUAUGGCCGGACCAGUAGAUUUUUUACCAGCGUGGGCCUGUGUGAAUUAUUUGGGAGCACCUUUGUUACUGCUACCUGAGGUAAUAGCCCAAGCGCUGACACAGCCAGAACAUAAGAGCAAUCCAUACCUGCAUACACAAAUAUUUGCUGGGUGUUGCUUUAGCUUUGCGUUACUAUUAGCAUGCUGUGUAAGGUCUUCUGCAGUAUGGCUUAAGUAUAAUCAAAAACUGAUUGAGGUUGAGACGAAGUUGAAAGAGUAUGCCAACGAUAGACAGAGUUCGGAUGAAAAAUCAAACACUUCCAUCAAUCUUUCUUAUAGUAAUGAGGAAAAACGAUUAAUUGAACUAAGAGAUCGUUAUAAGGAAUUGCUAAAGAGGACCCCCAGGGCAUAUGUCAAGAGAAUUGUUCACAAGAUGAUAGUUUGA